CGGCGGAGCGACAGUACCAGUCGUCGAUGUGAUGUAACAGAGCUGUACAGUGAUUAAAAGCUGGACAUGUUAUAGUAGUUCUAGUUAACGUACAGUAGCUUAACGUGGAAGUCAUUUUAUUGAAGGCGACAGUUGCUCCCGGCGCUAACGUUAGCUGUCCCGUUAGGACUUGACGACGGAGGAAACAACGAAGUGUUGUGUUGUGUGUUUUUUUUUUUUUUUUUAAUGUCAAACGGAUGACAUUGAUGUUCACUCGGGAAACGUCAGUGUUUAUUCACCUGGACCGAGACGUGUCUUGUGGACUCGGACGUCUUUUCGAAGGAGACGCACAUUAAGGACUAACGCCUUCAGAUCAACGACAGUUCUGUGUUGACAUUUGUGUUGCAUCGAGAUUUUUUUUUUUUUACGCUAACAUUGACUGCGGACUAGCUCGCUGAUGAUUGCUCGUUCAAUGGCUUGCUAGGUUGUGUAUGUUUUAGAUAGAAACAGGUUGAAUUGUUCAGUGUUACCCAGCAAGGUAACGUUGUUUUGAUAGUAUUGUUAGCAUGUUUGCAGAGACCUGCUAUGGGCAGCAGCUAUGACGCUAGGUGUAGCCACGGGGUUAUGUCACUGUCAGGCUAACAGAUAGCUCGGCGUCUGCAGCUGCUCCCAGUCUUUGCAUGGUCAUGUUCAGCAGGGUUGGCAUCAUGUAGACUGUCCCCCUGAAUAGGUUAGGUGACCGGGGACACGCAGUGUGUUAGUGAGCCUCCUUGGAGAGUAAUGCAAAGCUGGAUUGCAGCUAUCCAACUGGGUCACAGACUGACAGCUGGCACCGAUACAGUUUAGCUCAGGAUUGUUGCUAGCCAUGCUCAAAGCCGUCGGUUCUGUGUGAUAUUACAAACAUCUCAACCCACUUAUAGAGGGCAUGUGAGUGUGCCAUGUCCCGACUGCAUCUCUUAUUUAUGCAAUAAGGCACAUCAGAACAACAGCCUGUCAUGAAAUAAAUCCGCAGUGCAAGACGCAGCUUCGCCAGGACUCAGUGGAUCAUUUGCUCCGGGAUUAUUAUCUGAAAAGAAGAGCAACAUUCAAGGCUGCCCGUCAGUGCCCAGCAUCAGCUGGACCAUCGACACAUCGUGAUGGAGGCUGUGGGAGAUUUUGAGUACAGCAGAAAAGACCUGGUUGGACAUGGAGCUUUUGCUGUGGUGUUCAAAGGACGGCACAGGAAGAAGACAGAUUGGGAGGUGGCCAUCAAGAGCAUUAAUAAGAAGAACCUGUCCAAGUCUCAGAUCCUUCUCGGCAAGGAAAUCAAAAUCCUGAAGGAGCUGCAGCAUGAAAACAUAGUGGCACUUUAUGAUGUUCAGGAAACACCCAACUCUGUUUUCCUUGUUAUGGAGUACUGUAAUGGAGGUGAUCUUGCUGACUAUCUGCAAGCCAAGGGGACGCUGAGAGAAGACACACUGAGAGUUUUUCUCCAGCAAAUUGCUGCUGCCAUGCGCAUCCUCAACAGCAAAGGCAUCAUCCACCGUGACCUGAAACCCCAGAACAUCCUGCUGUCGUAUGUGGGACGCAAGAAGUCCAACAUCAGUGGCAUCCGCAUCAAAAUAGCUGACUUUGGCUUCGCACGGUAUCUCCAGAGCAACAUGAUGGCAGCCACACUAUGUGGGUCACCCAUGUACAUGGCCCCAGAGGUCAUCAUGUCCCAGAACUAUGACGCCAAGGCAGACCUGUGGAGCAUAGGGACAGUCAUCUACCAGUGUCUGGUCGGCAAACCACCGUUUCAGGCCAAUAGUCCCCAAGACCUGAGGAUGUUCUAUGAGAAGAACAAGAAUCUGCAACCCAUCAUCCCAAGGGAGACAUCUCCACAACUUGGCGACCUUUUGCUUGGACUGCUGCAGAGGAAUCAGAAAGACAGGAUGGACUUUGAUACGUUUUUCAGCCAUCCUUUCCUGGAGGCAUCAUCCACCAUUAAAAAAUCGUGUCCAGUGCCGGUCCCCAGCACCUCCAAUGCAGUGACGGACAGUUCCUGUGGCAGCUCCCCGUGCAUCCGCUACAACUCCCCUCCUUCUCUCCCAGACAUGCAGACAUUGGCAGAAGAUGGUCUGUCAUCCCCUCCGCUGGGUCCGCCCAACUUCCUGCAGCUGUCCAAAGAGUCUGCAGGAAGCACCAGCAGUAAGAACUCGUCAUGUGACACUGAUGACUUUGUCCUGGUUCCUCACAUCUCUACUGAUAGCUAUGACCAGCCAAUGGGAGUGGGUCGCCGGCCAUCCAGCGAGUUCCUCAUGUGUGGAGGGCAGCCGCAGCCCACCUCAGGACAGACCCCCAUGGUCUCUCCUCGAGCUGAGACCACCCCGAUCCCUGUUCCCACUCAGAUCCGGAACUAUCAGCGCAUCAAGCAGAACCUCUCCAGCAGCCCGACCACCACGCUGUACAGCUCCCCCAGGUCUGGUACAGUGAGGCGCUCCAACACUAGUCCUAUGGGUUUUCCCAAGGUGGGCUCGGGGUCUCCCAGCUCCGCAGACGUCCCUCAGACAGUGGGCAGGCGUCUCUCCACUGGCAGCUCUCGGCCCUACUCCCCCUCACCUCUUGUGGGCACCAUCCCUGAGCAGCUGGGGCACUGCUGCUGUCAUCUGCAGAACCAUGAGCCUCGCAGCCGCAGCUCGUCGGGAGGUUCCCCUGUCCCAUCCUCUCAGCUCCUGGGGGCUCGACUCCAGAGUGCCCCCACCCUGACAGAGGUAUACCAGACCAGGCAGAAACUCCACAAGCAGUUGUCAGACCCCGUUCAGCCUUCGUCCUCAUCCUGCAGUCACUCGCCUCAGCUUGGCCGACCAGCGAACCUCGGCUCCUCCCCCACCAAGCUCCUAGGCUCGUCGCCCCGUACGUCUGAUUGGCUGCAGAAGUCCCCAUUACCCACCAUCAUUGGCUCCCCAACUAAGACCAUUUCGGCACCAUUUAAGAUCCCCAAAACGCAGGCAUCCUGUAACUUGAUGGCACUGGCAGACAGCCCCGUGCCCACCAAGACGCUGGCAGAUGCUCGCGAUAUCUGUGCCCAUCACUGCAGCCCGUACCUCACCGGACGUCCAGCUGCGCCUGAGGCCAGCAGGACCUUUGGCAGGUCUGUUAGUACAGGUCGUCUGUCUGAGCAGCCAAUCAGAAUCACUCUUGGAGGACAAGCGUACCAGGGCAGCACUGACAGCUUGAACACAGAGCGACCCAUGGACACAGCCCCUGCAGGUCCCAGUGUGCUGGCUCAGGGUGGCUCCGCGAGUCCCCGUACGGUCCUUUUCACUGUGGGUUCACCGCCCAACAGCAGCACUCCUCCAACAUGCAGCCAUCUGGGCACACGACCACGCACCACCUCAGUGGGCUCCAACAGUUCGGCCGGCUCCCUGUGCUCCACCAGCGGUCGGGUCUAUGUUGGAUCUCCUCCAGGCAUGGCUCUGGGCUCCUCCCCUCCAGGAGGCUUCAUGGGUGGGCAGUUUGUCCCUGGGGGUGAAGGAGCACCCAGCAGCCUGCGCUACGUCCCUUAUGGGACCUCACCACCCAGCUUAGAGGGAUUUAUUACAUUUGAAGCACCUGAGCUGCCUGAGGAGACCCUCAUGGAGCGUGAGCAUACAGACACCCUGAUGCACCUACGGAUGAUGCUUUCAUUCACCGACUGCGUGCUGGAGAUGGCAGCAGUUCGAGCUGGUGGGACGGAGCUCGGUGUGUCAGCUGCCUCCCUCUACCCUCCCCAGGACAGUGUGGUUGUUGACCAGAUCAGCCAGCUCAGCAAAGAGUGGGGGCAGGUGGAGCAGUUGGUCCUCUACAUGAAGGCAGCUCAGCUCCUGGCUUCCUCCCUCCAUCUGGCCAAGGCUCAGAUUAAAUCAGCCAAACUCAAUCCCUCCACUGCAGUCAAACAGGUGGUGAAGAAUCUGAAUGAGCGUUACAAAAGCUGCAUCUCCCUCUGCCGACGGCUGACUGACAAACUCAACCACUUCUUCUCUGACAAGCAGCGCUUUGUGGAUGAGAUCAACAGCGUCACUGCGGAGAAGCUCAUCUACAAUCAUGCUGUGGAGAUGGUUCAGUCAGCAGCUCUGGAUGAGAUGUUCAAGCAGACAGAGGAUAUAGCAUACCGCUACAGCAAGGCCGCCAUGCUGCUGGACGGCUUGUCAAAAAUCCUACAGGAUCCUACUGACAUUGAGAAUGUGGUCAAGUAUAAAGCCAGUGUGGACCGAAGGAUCUCAGCCCUCUGCUACUGCACUGUCACACUGUAUGAGUAGCAGCCCCCCCUACACACACACACACACACACACACACCAAGGGACCAUGUCCUAAGACUGUUGACUACCAUCCUCACCACGCCGCUGUUCCCUCCUGUAGCAGUUAAAGCACUUUUCAUUAGCUAGGUUUCAUCUGUAUUUAUCAUCAGUAGUUUUCCGGCUGCAUCAUGGACUAAGCUGUGACAAGCAACUGAUGCACAAAUUUACAACCAAAGAUGACCACGGACCCAGAAACAAAAGGCUGAAACCGGAUGUGGACAUAAUUCAUGCACUUUCAGGUGCAGUUUUUUUCUUACGCUAUAAAGGUGGAAAACCACCUGAUGACCAUGUAUAAAAAAACUUUUGUCCAUCUUUCAGGAUAUCAUUUGUUUUUUUACCUGAAAGAAGAGAGGAUGGACGGGCCUAUGAGAUUGUGUGGGCUUUAAGCGGCUAAUGCUCCACAUGAAGCAAAUCAUCUUUUAAACUCCUGAUUACCAAGUGAUAUUGGUGGUUAUUUACUCUGUGUUUAAGUUGUUAUUCUUAUUUAUUGGUUCAGAAGAACAUGGAUGUUUGACUCUCCUGCCUAUCUUGAAAACCUCAAGUAUUGGAGUGUAAGGAAAAGGAAGAAAUUAGCAAAAGGCUUAUGGCCAAUCACUGUAAUGGAUCCAGCUCACGAACAAAAUGGACUUUGGCACGAAAACACAAAUUCCUGUUACAGAAAGAAAACAGCCAUGCGAACAAAGGAACCUGUAGAUUUGUAACUGCUAUGUUUUUAUUUUUUGUGUCGUUAGCUCAAGCACUUUAUUGUGGAUUGAGAGGAGGAGAUGUAUUUGUACGAGUUCUGAAGGUUGAAAUGUGAAAGACAGUUUUUUUCACUUGUGCUCUGUGUACAUGAUCAACAAGUCUAAAGAAUGCAUACAGUUCCCAUAAGGUUGAGAAACCAGGAAACUCAGGACAGGCCAGUCACAUUGGCUACAGUUCUACUGUGCUGGACCUCCACUGUCAAAGGAUGACAGAUGGUUGACAGAACCACUUUUCCUUUUGCUUGUCACAUAGUUUCCUUUGUUCUUCAGUUUUAUAGGGAUGUAACAGACCCAUGAUGACUUGUUGAUGAUGUUGCUCAGCGAUGAGGGGUUAAGGUGAAUUUGGGGGUGACAGUCAGUCCCUCUUGUCACAUUUCCACAGGGUGUAUAAGCUCAGAUAUUGAGUAGAAAAGCAGAACUUGAGAUCCUCUGCAGUGGUGACGGGCCCCUUCUCCUGGCACCCCUGCAGUGCUGAACGACCAAUCAGGUGUCCACUUUAAACCCUGAUGGUGUCAAUUGUGAAACCGAAUGGUCAUAUUACUUGACAAGUUACCUUAAUAAUAAGUUUCAUUUUACUAAAAUACUACAGCUUUUUAUGUUCUGUCAGUAUCAGUAGCUAUUUUUUUUUUUUAACAAAACUUGAUGUUUGCAAACCUGUAUAUAUUUGUAUGUGGUGCAUGUGGUGAUUCCUUCCCCCUCUUUUUUGGAGGGGUGUGAGUGUGCGUGAGAUCACAGUUCGCGUUUUAGUCAGGGUGUCGAUGAUGCCACCCUGCCUGUCAGUCAAAGAGCACAAAUCUUUAUAUGUACAUAGAUGGAUUUGAUACAUUUUAUUCAUGUCUGCCAAGGGUUUGAUAAGGAAACCUAUCUUGGCACAACAGGGGUGUGCCAAAGAAUAAAAAAUAACUUGUGGCAGCUCCAAAACUUUCCAGAGAACUCUUUCUACCAGGACUGUUCAUUGUUGAGAUCAAGACGCAAAUAUUUGUUUCCGUGGGUCUUACGAAAUUUUCUGAAAUGAGCGUGGUGUCUUCAGAUUUCGUCCUCAUUUCCCAAAAUUUUGUGAUUCUUCUAUUUGUCACAAUCUGCACUGCCUAGAAUCCACUCAGUCCCUCUGCCUCGCCUCAAGUCGUCUGCUGUGCUCCCAACAAUGUAUGUACUGUAUGUAUGUAUGAGUGUACAGUAUAUAUACGCACUUGCCAGGUGUGCAUUAAGGCCAGUAGUAUACAGUUAAUGAUGGAAAAGGAGGUGCCUUCCUCUUGUCCAAGCAGACGUAGGCCUACUCCUAUGUACAGUUGUGAAUAAAUUCUUUUUCAGUGUAAAAAUGUGUAUAAAUGCAUUCACAGGCACCUAGCGGUCUCUGGGCCUGUUUCUCUGACGUACUGUUCUUUUUCCAAGACAUAUCUGGGUUUCAGUUUCCCUCGUCCUUGUCAUGAGCACUCUGAACCACAUGAAGCCUUUUACUGCACGCAGAGAGAAGAGGGAUAAAUAAAGCUGACGUAACCCCCCCCCUUGAAUCUCUGCUCUACCAUUUUGUCUAUGGACUGUAACUGAAGAUGGUCUGUUUUCGAUAAAGCAUGGGUACCAAGUCUGCAUUUUACCCUAUAGAACCUCUAGAGUCUUGAAUGUACAUACCCCGUUGUUUUUGCGCCUCUCCAGCCUGAUCUGAAUGCAUUUUAAAGAACCCCGCCGUCAGUCACAACCCUGAAGAUGCAACACCUUCCAAGUACCGAUUUUUUUCAAAGAAAAAUGUUAAUGUUAUACUUGUGUCUCUCACCAAGGGGUUUCUCUCUUUGUUCUUAUGGAACACAAAUACAGUCUUUGUUAUUAAAAGGAGAACAAAUAAAGAUGUGUUGCUGUGUUUUA